AUGUCGCUGGAAGCGCCCCCAGAUCCACCUGCCACCAUGUCGCUGGAAGCACCAGCACCAGACUUAUCCCCAGAACUAGCUGCAGAUUCAGCCCCAGAAUUAGCCCCUGAGCUAACACCAGAUACAGCCCCAGACCUAGCUGCAGAUUCAGCCCCAGAAUUAGCCCCUGAGCUAACACCAGAUACAGCCCCAGACCUAGCUGCAGAUUCAGCCCCAGUCCCAGUAAUGAACCCAGGGUGUAAGAUCAUGACCUUCCGGCCCACCAUGGAGGAAUUCAAGGACUUUGCCAAAUACGUUGCCUACAUGGAGACUCAAGGAGCACACCGUGCAGGCCUGGCAAAGGUACACACACAUCAUGACAGUUUAGUUUAUAUUGCCUAACACUAAUAAUUCAGCAAUGUAUUGUUAUUGCCUCUCCAUCUCACUUGGCCUAGGUUGUCUCUCUCUUUUUACCUUUGUCCUCUUUUACUUUCACAUCCUCACUCACUCACUCACUCACUCACUCACUCACUCACUCACUCACUCACUCACUUUAACUUUCUCUCCCUUCCUCCUGCCCUUCUUGCAGGUGAUUCCCCCUAAGGGCUGGAAGCCGCGGCAGUCAUACGAUGUCAUCGAGGAGAUGACGAUCCCUGCUCCCAUCAUGCAGGUGGUGACUGGCCAGUCAGGCCUCUUUACCCAGUACAACAUCCAGAAGAAGUCCAUGACCGUUGGGGAGUACCGCCAACUGGCCAACAGCAGAAAGUAGGGCCUCGCAUCACCGAGCUACCAGACAUUCUACACCCAUUGAGACCCAGUCAAAAUAAUGCAGAAGAUAGAUUAAUGUUAUGAUCAGAGACAGGGUUUUUUCAUAGUGGAAACUAAAGAAUAAUGUAUUCUCCCAGUUUUUUUUUUUUAUACAAAUGGUUUCUUUCCCAAUCACAGAGUUGAGACCAUUACAAAUUACGCACAGUACGAAUGUGAAACUUUGAUUUAUCACUUUCCAUCGAAAUUAUUGGGUUGCCUUUGUUAGUGCCUGUUUCACUGCCUUUACCGUUUAGUAUCUGUCUAGUGAACUAUAGACCUCUCUACUCUCCCCUCCACUCCCAGGUACUGUACCCCCCGACACAAGGACUUUGACGACCUGGAGAGGAAGUACUGGAAGAAUCUCACCUUCGUGUCUCCAAUCUACGGUGCUGACGUCAGCGGCUCCAUCUAUGACUCAGUAAGUCAGCCCAGGAACAGCCUUGCUAAUUACACACAUGGGUUGUGAACAUUAGUAGUGACAUGUUUUGCAGCAGAAAACGUAAACAAGCGUUUCUUCUGGGACAAGUUCAGAUAGUGCUACCUCCCUGUUACUGUUUUCUUCCGUUUCGUACCUUCUGAACAUGACCCUGGCUUCACUAUACAGUGCAUUCGGAAAGUAUUCAGACCCCUUGACUUUUUCCACGUUUUCCUACGUUAGUCUUAUUCUAAAAUUGAUUAAAUUGUCGUCCCCCGCCCCCCCCCCAUCAAUCUACAUGCAAUACCCCGUAAUGACGAAGCAAAAACAUUUUUUUUGGAAAUGUUUGCAAAAAAAAAAAAAAAAAGACAAAUGAAAUAUCACAUUUACAUAAGUAAAUGACCCUUUUACUUAGUUGAAGCACCUUUGGCAGCGAUUACAGCCUUGAGUCUUCUUGGGUAUGACGCUACAAGCUUGGCACUCCUAUAUUUGGGGAGUUUCUCCCAUUCUUCUCUACAGAUCCUCUCAAGCUCUUGUCAGGUUGGAUGGGGUGCGUCGCUGCACAGCUAUUUUCAGGUCUCUCCAGAGAUGUUCGAUCAGGUUCAAGUCCGCGCUCUGGCUGGGCCACCCAAAGACAUUCAAAGACUUGUCCCGACGCCACUCCUGCGUUGUCUUGGCUGUGUGCUUAGGGUUGUUGUCCUGUUGGAAGGUGAACCUUCGCCCCAGUCUGAGGUCCUGAGCGCUCUGGAGCAGGUUUUCAUCAAGAAUCUCUCUGUACUUUGCACCGUUCAUCUUUCCCUCAAUCCUGACUAGUCUUCCAGUCCCUGCCACUGAAAAACAUCCCCACAGCAUAAUGCUGCAACCACCAUGCUUCACCGUAGGGAUGGUGCCAGGUUUCCUCCAGACGUGACGCUUGGCAUUAAUGCCAAAGAGUUCAAUCUUUGUUUCAUCAGACCAGAUAAUCUUUUCUCAUGGUCUGAGAGUCCUUUAGGUGCCUUUUGGCAAACUCCAUGCGGGCUGUCAUGUGUCUUUUUACUGAGGUCUGGCUUCCGUCUGGCCACUCUACCUUAAAGGCCUAAUUGGUAGAGUGCUGCAGAGAUGGUUGUCCUUCUGGAAGGUUCUCCCAUCUCCACAGAGGAACACUGGAGCUCUGUCAGUGACCAUCGGGUUCUUGGUCACCUCCCUGACAAAGGCCCUUCUCCCCCAAUUGCUCAGUUUGGUCGGGCGGCCAGCUCUAGGAAGAGUCUUGGUGGUUCCAAACUUCUUCCAUUUAAGAAUGAUGGAGGCCACUGUGUUCUUGGGGACCUUCAAUGCUGUAAAAAAAUGUUGGUACCCUUCCCCAGAUCUGUGCCUCGACACAAUCCUUUCUCUGAGCUUUACGGACAAUUCCUUUGACCUCAUGGCUCGGUUUUUGCUCUGAAAUGCACUGUCAACUGUGGGACCUUAUAUAGACAGGUGUGUGGCUUUCCAAAUCAUGUCCAAUCAAUUGAAUUUACCACAGUUGUACUCCAAUCAAGUUGUAGAAACAUCUCAAGGACAAUCAAUGGAAACAGGAUGCACCUAAGCUGAAUUUCGAGUCUCAUAGCAAAGUGUCUGAAUACUUAUGUAAAUAACAUAUUUCUGUUUUGUUAAUUCUAAAAACCUGUUAUCGCUUUGUCAUUAUGGGGUAUUUUGUGUAGAUUGAUGGCAUUUUUUUAUUGAAUCCAUUUUAGAAUAUGGCUGUAACGUAACCAAAUUUGAGGAAGGGGUCUGAAUACUUUCUGAAUGCACUGUAGUUACAAAUUGUGUGGAAUUCCUUAGUACUAAGUACCCGACAGUAACACUUGUUGAUACGUUUUGUGGUCCUCUGUAGCUCAAUUGGUAGAGCAUGGUGCUUGUAACGCCAGGGUAGUGGGUUCGAUCCCCGGGACCACCCAUACGUAAAAAUGUAUGCACACAUGACUGUAAGUCGCUUUGGAUAAAAGCGUCUGCUAAAUGGCAUAUUAUUAUAUUAUAUUAUUAUAUUAUACGUUUUAACAAAAAAUACUAGCUGAAAUAUGUCUAUGUUGUGUGGCCUUGAUGCCAUCUGGUGGUGAACAUGUAUUACUACAUGGCCUUGAACAGCAAUGGCAAUCUUAGUCCUCCAUAGUAAUAUAGCUACGUUAUUCACUGGUAUAAGACUAGCUGAAGUACAAUUGUGACAAACAAACAGUGCAACUCCAUGUCUAUAGGCCUGGCUAUGUUCAUUCAAUUUAAUUGGUAAAUGUAGCCAAUAUGCUUUAAUUGGGUCACAGUGUUCACCUCCCUCUGUCUGUGUGUUUCCAGGAGAUCAGUGAGUGGAACAUCGGCCACCUGAACACGCUGCUAGAUAUGGUGGAGCAGGAGUGUGGCAUUGUGAUCGAGGGAGUGAACACACCCUACCUGUACUUUGGCAUGUGGAAGACCACCUUUGCCUGGCACACCGAGGACAUGGACCUCUACAGCAUCAACUACCUGCACUUUGGAGAGCCCAAGUCCUGGUCAGUGGCUAGAUUUAGUAUUUUUAGUUAUUUGUGUGUCUCCUCUCUCUCUUUCUCUCUCUGCCUCUCUCUGCCUCUGUCUCUCUCUGCCUCUCUGUCUGUCUCUGCCUCUCUGCCUCUCUGCCUCUCUCUGCCUCUCUCUCUCUCUCUCUCUCUCUCUCUGCCUCUCUCUCUCUCUGCCUCUGUCUCUCUCUGCCUCUGUCUCUCUCUCUCUCUCUCUCUCUCUCUCUCUCUCUCUCUCUCUCUCUCUCUCUCUCUCUGCCUCUCUCUCUCUCUGCCUCUGUCUCUCUCUGCCUCUGUCUCUCUCUCUCUCUCUCUCUCUGCCUCUCUCUGCCUCUCUCUGUCUCUGCCUCUCUGUCUCUCUCUGCCUCUGUCUCUCUCUGCCUCUGUCUCUCUCUGUCUCUCUUUCUCUCUGCCUCUCUCUCUCUCUGCAUCUCUGCUCGCUUAGAAAUAUUCCUCAAAUUACUUAAUUUGUCAUUUGGCACUUAUUUUUGAUAUAUUGGGGGAUUUCCAACACAUUCUUCGUGGUUCUCUCUAUUUUAUGUGACAGCUCUUUGCUUCAAUUGCAUCUACAUUUUAAAAAAUGGCAAGCCGAAAUCUUGAUUUCAGGAUCUGAUUUCAGGAUCUGGACAGGCUUUGGCAGUGGCUUCUCUAGCAUCUAUCAUUCUUCUACAUGUGUAAAGCUGAAAGUGAGUUCCUGUUUUUGAGUUAAGGAGACUGUCCAUGUACUUCUGUAGUUAAACAGGUGGCCACUGGAGGACAGUCUAGACCAAUUGUCACUCUUUCUUAGUCAAAAUGCAAGCCGAGAUGUACCACUCAGACCAGUUAGAAAUUAUAUUUAAAAAAUGUAGGUAUAUGAUCACACUGGUAAUAGAUAAUGUGUUGUAUUACUUUUGAGGCAUAGUUGAGUAAGCAUAAUCAUUACAUUUUUUUACUGGACUGAUGGCCUGCAUGUGAUGGUCAGUCUAAGGGAGGGAGCAGCGGUGAGGCUGCCUCUCUCUCUGCCUCUCUCUCUGCCUCUCUCUCUGCCUCUCUCUCUCUCUCUCUCUCUCUCUCUCUGCCUCUCUCUCUCUCUCUCUGCCUCUCUCUCUCUCUGCCUCUCUCUCUCUGCCUCUCUCUCUCUCUCUCUCUCUCUGCCUCUCUCUCUCUCUCUCUGCCUCUCUCUCUCUCUCUCUGCCUCUCUCUCUCUGCCUCUCUCUCUCUCUCUCUCUGCCUCUCUCUCUCUCUCUCUCUGCCUCUCUCUCUCUCUCUCUGCCUCUCUCUCUCUCUCUCUGCCUCUCUCUCUCUCUCUCUGCCUCUCUCUCUGCCUCGUUGAGGCUGCCUCUCACCUGACUCACCGUCCCUCCACUCUCCCUCCCUCCGCUGAGAAAAGGGAACACAUCCGCCAGCUGAUGGUGAAAGUUGCGCUGCAUUAUUUCUGCCUCAUGCACAAAUUCAUGUUGUUACUCCUAUGCCCAGAGAAAGUGAAAAAUUCCUUUUAUAUAUAUUUUUUAAAGACACAAGCCGCUAAUAAUAACAACGCAAGCUUAUCGGAACACUUUGCUAUAGUCAUUCAUUGCAGCUGCAGUGCUGGUUGUAGCAUGAGUGGAAGUAGGGAGAACGCACCUUUUUUAAUGGCUUAGAAAAGCGUUGAACAAAGUGUUGACAGUGCUGAAUAACAACUUAUACAUGAACUUACUCAUGAAAACAGCAGCUCUUUGCUGUAUUCGUUGAGUCUCUAGUCAUGGUUUUAAACGUUUUGAAAUCUUACAGUAUCAACUUUGCUGUGUGUUGUGAGUCUUCUUUUUACAGCCUAUGGCUCGAGGAAACUGUGUAGACACAGUGAUCUGAACUAUGUGAUUGGCCAGCGGUAGGCCUAUAGGUGCACUUGAUUUGCUCUCUGUCCCUGCCGGGUAUGCGCUGUUCUACCUUCAGACACAUGAAAUGGUUCAAAAUGGGAGGACUUUGCCUUCCCGCUCGCUGCUAGGGCUGCUGAAUCAAGUGCAGCUAUGACCAACAGCAAAAUAAAGAAAUACAGAAGCAACACAAGGCUUUAUCGUUGUUGUUUUUUACAGAAAUGUUUGGUGAUCGACUAGGAAUGCCUUGGAGAUCGACCAGUCGAUCGCAAUCGACCGGUUGGAGAUGGCUUCUGUAGUGCAAAGCAUCUUCAAUAUGAGCAUCAUAUUGACUGGAAUUUGGCACUGUUUGUGUGUCAUUGACUGUGUUUGCGUGAAUAUAGGUCUAUAUAUAAGUGUAUGUUACGGCUGCACAAUAAUCAAAUUCACAUCCAAAUUGCAAUAUUGAUAUGUGCAAUAUCCGUAUCGCAAGAGAUGGAUAUCGCGUGUAAAGUCAAUUUGAAAUUGUACCCUGUUUGUCGUCUCUCUCCCCCUCUCCUCUUGCAGCUGCUUCCCACACAAACACACACACACACACACACAAACACACACACACACAAAGCCCGCCCCCUGUGUGUAUUUUUCUGUGAAUAUGAGUGUCUGUGUCCUACAAGUAAUUAAAUAGUCCAGGGCCAACCAUCCCAUCACUCGUCGCUAGAUGGCAGUAGCGCUCUUCCGACACCUCUCUCUCUCUCUCUCUCUCUCUCUCUCUCUCUCUCUCUCUCUCCCCCAUCGUUUUCUUAUUCCUCUUGUAAUACGACCCCCCUCGUCGAGGCGCGCUAUUCCCAAAGGCUUCACUCGGCAUCCAAUUCUAUUUCCUAACGUUUAUGGCUCUCCCAACACUGAGUCACAUAAAGAGCCUCUAUUUGCUGACACGUCUCCAUCACUUUCGCCAACCAUUUCACUUCGAAGCGAGUGGGAAAACCAGCAUUGCUGCAUAGACCCUGUAGUAUCACACACUGAAGGGGUUCCUUCCAAAUGGCACCCUAUUUCCUAUAUAGUGCACUACUUUAGACAAGAGCCCUUUGGGCCCUAAAUAGGGAACAGGGUGCCAUUUGGGACGUAGCCUCAGACUAACAGCCACUCCCGGCUAAGUGAGUCGCACGGCGGCAAGGUAAUGGCGGUAGAUAAGGGUAUCGACAGAACGCUAAUGGAGGGCGACACUUCGUCAAAGUACCGGUAACGGCGGUGACCUCACCGGGCGACCUUAGUAGCGGUCAGCUAGUAUAGGCGUCUGGCGCAGUGCCCGUCAUCUUUAAGCUGUGUCUGCGAGGUGAGAGUGUGUGUGUGUCUCUCUCUCCAUGGUCUUGCUGGGUGACUAAUACCCACUCCGCCAUCAGAGAAGGAUCGAUCUCCUCUUCCCUUGUUAUUUUAACCUUUCAUACCUUUAUCGUAGUCCUACUUUCUUGCUGGGGAUGGCUUGACUGCAGCCUAGCUGGGUUAUGUUUUUGACCAUAGAAUCACAACUCUCCAGGAACAGGGUUGGUGAUCCCUGGUGUAAACCUACAGGAGGCUAGCUCUCCAGGAACAGGGUUGAUGAUCCCUGGUGUAAACCUACAGGAGGCUAGCUCUCCAGGAACAGGAUUGGAGAGCCCUGGUGUAAACCUACAGGAGGCUAGUUCUCCAGGAACAGGGUUGGAGAGCCCUGGUGUAAACCUACAGGAGGCUAGCUCUCCAGGAACAGGGUUGCAGAGCCAUGGUGUAAACCUACAGGAGGGUAGCUUCUAAAAUACAUUCUUGUCUUGUUUUCAUGGUGGAAUGAGAGAGGUUUAGAGGGAGGUUUUCAUGGUGGAAUGAGAAAGAGGGGCUCUGAACUGAGCCAGGCCUCCCUUGCUGUGACAGCGCUCAUUACUGCACAGGCAGGCUUUUCUGUUUCUCGCACUCUGUCCCCCUCUUACUCUCUCCCUUGGAGGUCCCCUGCGCCAUGUCUGUUCAGCUUGGAGGGAAGGAUUCUAUUUUUCUUUAUUUUCUUCCUCUCAUUUAGUCUCUCUCCCCUCCUGGGUUUUUUAAGCCUCUCGCUCAGUGUGUGGCCUAUGGGACCUGCACAGACUGUACCUAUCAAUACCAGCAUCACUGUGUGAGCAUUGCGUGUGUGUGAGCAUUGCGUGUGUGUGAGCGCUCUGUCAAGAGCCAUGUUCCAAUAGCCAUCACUAAUGCUCUAUCAAGAGCCAUGUUCCAUUAGCCAUCACUCUAAUGGUCUAUAAAGAGCCAUGUUCCAUUAGCCAUCACUAUAACGCUCCAUCAAGAGCCAUGUUCCAAUAGCCAUCACUAACGCUCUGUCAAGAGCCAUGUUCCAUUAGCCAUCACUCUAAUGGUCUAUAAAGAGCCAUGUUCCAUUAGCCAUCACUCUAACGCUCCAUCGAGAGCCAUGUUCCAUUAGCCAUCACUCUAAUGGUCUAUAAAGAGCCAUGUUCCAUUAGCCAUCACUAAUGCUCUAUCAAGAGCCAUGUUCCAUUAGCCAUCACUAACGCUCUGUCAAGAGCCAUGUUCCAUUAGCCAUCACUAAUGCUCUAUCAAGAGCCAUGUUCCAUUAGCCAUCACUCUAAUGGUUUAUCAAGAGCCAUGUUCCAUUAGCCAUCACUCUAAUGGUUUAUCAAGAGCCAUGUUCCAUUAGCCAUCACUCUACUGCUCUAUAAAGAGCCAUGUUCCAUUAGCCAUCACUCUACUGCUCUAUAAAGAGCCAUGUUCCAUUAGCCAUCAUUCUACCGCUCUAUGAAGAGCCAUGUUCCAUUAGCCAUCACUCUACUGCUCUAUGAAGAGCCAUGUUCCAUUAGCCAUCACUCUACUGCUCUAUAAAGAGCCAUGUUCCAUUAGCCAUCAUUCUACCGCUCUAUGAAGAGCCAAGUUCCAUUAGCCACCACUCUACCGCUUUAUCAAGAGCCAAGUUCCAUUAGCCAUCACUCUACCGCUCUAUCAAGAGCCAAGUUCCAUUAGCCAUCACUCUACCGCUCUAUCAAGAGCCAAGUUCCAUUAGCUAUCACUCUACCGCUCUAUCAAGAGCCAAGUUACAUUAGCCAUUACUCUACCGCUCUAUCAAGAGCCAUAUUCCAUUAGCCAUCAAUCUACUGCUCCAUCUAAAAUAUCUAUCUUUUUGGUUUACAGGCUGUCUUCUUCUUUUAG